UCGCUCGAUGGAAAAUGUUAGAAUAAACAGGCGCGCAUGGGAAAUCCCAAAUAUUUCCUGCCCUCUUCCGCUUAUGAUGCCUGUUUUCCACCGCUAUGCUCUUCGUCAAUAAACAAGGACCUCUAGAUCUCACCGAAUCAAUCACAAUUUCUCUAUUUUGUCCACCUUUCUUCACAAAUCGGAGGCCUAGAGCGCAACUCUACACUCGCCAUCCUUUCGAUACAACUGUGUUUUCACCUUCAUUUGCUGAUCGCUAAGCGGCCAUUUUCGGAGAAGAUGCAGCGUAUUCACGCCACAAUCGAGGAGCAGCUUAUUCUCAAGUCUAUCAAGGAAGAAUGCUCAUGGGAAAACCUCCCAAAGAGGCUCCAGGCGACUAUCUCCACGAAAGAGGAGUGGCACAAGAGAAUAAUAGAGCACUGCAUAAAAAAACGGCUACAAUGGCAUACUAGUUUUGCCCGUAAAGUAUGCAAAGAAGCAGAAUAUUAUGAAGAGAUGAUGCGUUAUCUGCGUAAGAAUCUUGCGCUGUUCCCCUAUCAUCUUGCAGACUAUGUUUGUCGAGUAAUGAGGAUUUCACCUUUCAAGUACUACUGUGAUAUGAUCUUUGAAGUAAUGAAAAAUGAGCAACCUUAUGACAGCAUCCCUAAUUUCAGUGCCGCUGAUGCUUUGAGGCUUACUGGCGUUGGUAGAAAUGAAUUUAUUGAUAUAAUGAACAAGUGCAGAUCGAAGAAAAUAAUGUGGAAAUUAAACAAAUCAAUCGCCAAAGAAUUACUGCCCACACAACCUGUGGACUUUGCGGUUGAACCAUGGUGGGAAGUUUGUCUAGUUAACUUUACAUUGGAAGAAUUUAAGAAACUAACAGAAGAAGAAAUGGCAACCAUCGACAAAGUUUGUAAGGAAGAAGCAAAUUCAUUUAUGCUCUUUGAUUCUAGUAUUGUUAAUGGUCUUUAUCGAAGGGGGUUGGUAUACUUCGAUGUCCCUGUGCAUUCCGAUGACCGUUUCAAAGUCUCAAGGCUGGAAGGAUUUGUUUCUAACAAGGAGCAGUCUUAUGAAGAUCCCAUUGAAGAAUUACUAUAUGCUGUUUUUGUAGUUUCAAGUGAGAAUGCAACUGUUGCAGAGUUGGCCUCAACUCUCCAAGCUGACCUUUUUCAGCUACAGGCUGCUGCUUCAUUUGCUUCUAGAUUAGGUUGGGCUGUAAAGAUUAUAGAUCCAGAGGCUGUUCUAAGAAGUUCAAGUGUUGAUAUCUCUUCUAGUACUCUUCUCAGCGAUGAUGAAGAUGUUUCUAUGGCUAGUAUCAGUUCAGAGACCGUAGGAGUUCAUGGCAUUGGGAUAGAACAGAAUAGGCCUCUUUCUGAUACUGCUCGUGUGGCACUAGUUGUAGAUGCCAAUAUAACUUCAUACCUGAUGAUGGGUUCUAUUUCACCAGGAUUGAAGUCCCAUGCUGUGACUCUGUAUGAAGCGGGGAAGCUUGGUGAUACAGUUAUAGCAGAUCUUUGCAAGGAUCUAUCUACUUUGGAAGGGAAAAAAUUUGAAGGUGAACUGCAGGAAUUUGCCAACCAUGCAUUUAGCCUUCGUUGCUUUCUAGAGUGCUUACAGUCAGGUGGAAUUUCUAGUGAUGAAAUAUUUGACAUGGCUAGUCAUCAAGUUAACGUGCAGCUCACCAAUUCUGGGAUUUCUCCAUCUUCAAGUGAUGUUGAUCCAAUCAAUGAAUGUGGUGGGCUGAAGCAGCAUGAUGAUGAAACUCUGAGGUUUGAUUAUAAUCAGAAUUCUAAUGUUGAUUCUGGUUUACAUGAAUCUCAGUUUCCCAGUGUUAAGCCUGAAGCACUUUCUAAGGCUUCCUCUGAAAUUGAUAAUAGCAAGGAAAAUAAUGAUUUAGAGAACGACAGCAGGGUGUUGCGGGAUGGUUCAAAAAUGGAAUUGAUGAUAAAAAGGAAAUAUCGAGUAGAUAUCCUUCGUUGUGAAAGCUUGGCUUCUCUUGCACCAGCAACAUUAGAGCGUUUAUUUCUCAGGGACUAUGACAUUAUUGUUUCAAUGGUUCCUCUUCCUUCUUCUUCAAUUUUACCUGGAGCUAGUGGUCCUAUCCAUUUCGGUCCACCCUCUUAUUCAUCAAUGACACCUUGGAUGAAGUUAGUAUUAUACACAAUGAUGGGAUCAGGUCCUGUAUCAGUUGUUUUGAUGAAAGGGCAGAGCCUGCGCAUGCUUCCUGCACCCUUAGUAGGAUGCAAAAAGGCAUUGAUAUGGUCUUGGGAUGGAUCUACAAUAGGUGGGCUUGGUGGCAAAUUUGAAGGGAACUUGGUUAAUGGUAAUAUUCUUCUUCAUUGCUUGAAUUCAAUUAUCAAAUAUUCAGCUGUGCUGGUGCAACCUCUCAAUACACUUGACCUAGAUGAGUCUGGAAGAAUCAUCACUGUUGAUAUUGCAUUGCCCCUGAAAAACUUAGAUGGAUCGGUUACCCAUGUUGAGGAUAUGGGGUUAGACCUAGAAGAAAAUGAAAGCUUAAAUUAUUUAUUAGAUGAACUUUCAGGCAAAUUUGGAUCCUGGACAAUUGGUUAUAUUCGGCUUUUAAGGCUCCAGAAGGAAAAAAAACCUGAUUCUUUUAUAGCUGAUAAGGAAAAGUUCAAAUGGGUUCCGUUGAGCAUGGAAUUUGGCAUACCUUUAUUCAGUCCAAAAUUAUGCAGCAGGAUAUGUGAUAGGUUGGUUUCAUCAUGUUUGCUUCAGUCAAAUUCACUCUAUGAGCAUCAUGAGGCAAUGCAAGAUCUGAGAAAGAAGCUGCGUGAAAUUUGUUCGGAGUACCAUGCAACAGGUCCUACGGCAAAAUUAUUUUACCAGACCGACCGUACAAAGGAAUCACCUCAUCAUUUAAUUAACUAUGCCAGUGGACGUUGGAGCCCCCUACUAGAUCCUUCAACGCCAAUAUCUGGAGCUGCUAGUGAACACCAGAGGCUUAAAAUAGCAAAUAGGCACAGAUGCCGAACUGAAGUCCUCAGUUUUGAUGGAAACAUUCUCAGGUCAUAUGCACUCGCUCCAGUCUACGAGGCUGCGACAAGACCAAUCGACGACUCGGCUUUGAUGACCACAGGAAAAUUGGAAUCAGAUGAUGCUGAAAGCAAAGAAAUAGUCCUACCUGCUGUAAAUCUUCUGUUUGAUGGAUCUCAGUUGGUUCCCUUUGACAUAGGUGCUUGCUUACAAGCUCGCCAACCUAUUUCAUUGAUAGCAGAGGCUGCAGCAGCUUCUGUUUCAUUGCAGCUAAAUAGGGCCUUGUGAUAGAACAUUUCUAUUUGAACAAAUUUUGGAACAAAUUGAAAUAUUUAAGUCUCGGGUUUCGUACUUGGAGCAUUGUGAAGUCUGCUUUUACUGGAUCUUUCGUAAACAUUUUAUUUACUAGGAAGGUUGAGUCUUCCAUCUAAAUACUAGCCCUCGAGAAAUUUUUCCAUACGCAGUACGUAUGGACUUCAAGUAAUAUGCCACCACUUGGAGGUUAUUGUGGAGUUAUUAACGUGAAACUGUGGAGGUUAUUAGGGGUUAUUGUAGGUGUUAAUGGAGAGGUUAUUGAAAUAGAAUCCCAGAGGUUAUUUAGGGGUUAUUGAGGUGAUUAUUGCAGCGUAUUUGAGUUAAUGUCCCAAUAACCCCUCAAUAACCCCCCGAUGAUCCUCUCAAAUAACCUCCACGAUUCCACUCUAAUUUUUUUUAGCUCGUCCCGAUAUAACACACGCCGGCAUAUUAUUGGAGUCUGCACGCAAAACUGCGUACCUACUCCAUAUGGAAAAAUUUCUCUGAUCCAACACACAAUACAGAAUACAGAUAGGAAACUUUUCUAACUCUUGUUUCAGGUCGUAUGCUUAGAUUUUCUCUGAAGAAUUU